GUGACUUUAAGGUUAUGUUUAUGUUUAGAAAAUGUUAAUUUCAAAAUAGAAGCAAGUUACAAUAAGUUUGAUAUGACUAGUUAGACGAAACAAACAGUUCAAGACAGUAACUACUUUAGGUACUGGAGAUAAUUUUGUGAUGCCGGGACCAGAUUUGCUUUCCAGCCAAGGGCUCCGUUUGGAUGGACGGAGGCCCAAUGAAUUACGUCGUAUAAGGUGUAAGCUCGGUGUGUUUACACAACCCGAUGGUAGCGCAUACUUGGAACAGGGGAAUACGAAAGUCUUGGCUGCCGUUUAUGGUCCACAUCAGGCAUCAAAAUCAAAGAGAUCAGAAACGGUUGUUGUAAACUGUCAAUACAGUAUGGCCACAUUUUCCACAGGUGAAAGAAAAAACCGCCCUAGAGGAGAUCGAAAGUCUCAAGAGAUGUCUCUACACUUGCGCCAGGCAUUGACGGCAGCCAUCAAAACAGAACUAUAUCCACGCUCACAAAUUGAUAUUUAUAUUGAAGUAUUACAGGCGGAUGGCGGUGCGUAUUGCGCGAGCGUGAACGCAGCGACGCUCGCUCUGGUGGAUGCGGGCGUGCCGCUCCGCGCGUAUGUGUGUGCGUGCACGGCAUCUAUGGCGUGGCAGGACGGGGACCCCGCGCCGCUUUUGGACGUGGGCCACGUGGAAGAGGCGGCCGGUGGAGUCGUUCUCACCGUAGCCAGCCUGCCUAGCACCGGUAGCAUAGCUCUAAUGGAGAUGUCUCACAGACUGCACAGUGAUUAUUUCGAGUCGGUUUUAAGCAGAGCGAUGCAAGGCUGCAGAGAUAUAGAGGUUAUCCUGGACAGAGCGGUGAGGGAUCAUUUGGCAGGAGGCUGGACGAAACAAGAUGUUGUUACAGUAUGAAAUACAUUUUAUACA